AUGAGUUCCUCAUCGAAAGAAAAAAAAAAAAAGUCCAAUGCAUUUCAUUUGGCUUCAAUAGCUAUGAAAGCAGAUUUUCCGCAAAUUGCGCAUAAAUCGAGAAUAAAAGAGCUCACAUAAAUCUUUGUGCGUGCGUGCGGGUGUUGACUCACUUGCACCACUUCCUCACGUGCGCCUCUUCGCUGCGAGAUCUAGUCGGAACCGGUCCGGGGGUAAACGGGCCCCUCGGUGCGAGUCAAUGAGUCGUUGAUGCGACUUAAUGAGGCGAAGAUGCGCGGGGAAUACCUUAACCGCGCGCCUCUCCUCGCCAAAAGCACAGGUGCGCACCAGGUGAGGACCGAGAAGCGCUCGCGCUCUUGACGGGAGGUCCGAGGAGGCGGAGAAAGCUGAGGAGGUAGGCGGCCGCCCGGCGACAUGGAAACCGGCCAAAGCGCGCAGGCGGCGGACUGCAUGGCGGGGGAGCACUCGGUCGGCAUGUGCGUGCCGGAGAGGGACCGGGAGAGGGCCGAGCUGUCCAGCCCCAGCCCGCCGGCCAAGCAGCGCUCUCUACGGGUGGUCUACGUGCUCAACGACGGGCUGAAGGCGGUGAUGGCCAGCAGCCCGGAGUCCGGGGCGCUGCAGUGUCUUCAGCGGGCGUGCGACGCCGAGAGCGCCCUGCUUACCACCGUCACCUUCGGACGGCUAGAUUUCGGGGAGACCUCUGUGCUUGACAGCUUCUACGAUGCAGACAUUGCUGUGGUGGACAUGAGCGACGUCUUCCGCCAGCCGUCCUUGUUCUACCACCUGGGCGUUCGGGAGAGUUUCGACAUGGCUAACAACGUCAUCUUGUACCACGAUACGGACCCCGACACGGCCCAGUCGCUCAAGGAUAUGGUUGCUCAGAAGAAUACAGCAUCCAGUGGCAACUAUUACUUUAUCCCGUACAUUGUGACCCCCAACCACGAGUACACCUGCUGCGAAAGCGACGCCCAGCGGAGAGCCAGCGAGUACAUGCAACCUAGUUGGGACAACCUCCUGGGGCCUCUGUGCGUCCCCCUGAUGGACCGCUUCACUAGCCUACUGAAGGACAUCCACGUCACAUCCUGUGCCUCUUUUAAGGACACCUUGCUUAACGAUAUCCGGAAGGCCAGGGAAAAAUAUCAGGGCGAGGAGCUAGCAAAGGAACUCUCCCGCAUCAAGCUACGCAUUGACAAUACAGAGGUCCUUACGCAGGACAUCGUCAUGAACCUGCUCUUCUCCUACAGGGACAUCCAGGACUAUGAUGCCAUGGUCAAACUGGUUCAGACGUUAGAGAUGCUGCCAACUUGUGACCUGGCAACACAGCCAAUGAUUCAGUUCCACUAUGCCUUUGCACUUAACAGGAGAAACAGUCCCGACGACAGGGAGCAGGCUCUACGAGUGAUGCUUCACGUCCUACAGUCCUGCGAGCACCCAGCGCCUGACAUGUUCUGCCUGUGCGGACGAAUCUACAAGGACAUCUUCCUGGACUCUGACUGCAAGGACACCAAGAACAGAGACAACGCAAUACAGUGGUACAGGAAGGGUUUUGAGCUACAGCCUACCCUCUACUCAGGCAUCAACCUUACUGUUCUCCUCAUAGUCGCUGGCCAACAAUUUGAGAGCUCCAUGGAACUGAGGAAAAUUGGUGUUAGGUUAAAUAGUCUUUUAGGGCGCAAAGGUUCCCUGGAGAAAAUGAACAACUACUGGGACGUGGGCCAGUUCUUCACCGUUAGCAUGCUGGCUAAUGACAUCCCAAAAGCCACACAGGCGGCUGAGAAGCUCUUCAAACUCAAGCCGCCUCUCUGGUACCUACGUUCAGUGGUGCAGAACCUAAAGCUGAUCCAGAGGUUUAAGAAACAGUCGGUGGAACAUUCCCCCCAGCGGGACAGACUCAUUUUCUGGAUGGACAUCAUUGUGGAGGCGACACAGGGAACGACCAACCGACUGCGCUUUCCUGUGCUGAUUCUGGAGCCCACUAAAGUGUACCAGCCCUCGUAUGUGUCCAUCAACAACGAGGCCGAAGAGAAAAACGUCUCCAUUUGGCAUGUCUCUCCUGCAGAAACGAAAGGCAUUCACGAGUGGAACUUCACCGCCAUGUCCAUCAAAGGCAUCAGCAUUAGCAAGUUUGACGAGCGUUGCUGCUUCCUCUACGUCCACGACAACUCUGAUGACUUCCAGAUUUACUUCUCCACCGAGGAACAGUGUGCUCGAUUCUGCUCCAUGGUGAAGGAGAUGAUAUCUGACGGAACAGGCAAUUCCGUGGAGUUGGAAGGUGAAGGAGACGGAGACACCCUUGAGUACGAGUAUGACACAGAUGAAACAGGAGACCGGGUGGUCCUGGGACGAGGCACAUACGGAGUGGUAUAUGCCGGUAGGGACGUUAGCAACCAAGUCCGAAUUGCAAUCAAGGAGAUCCCAGAAAGAGACAGCAGGUACUCGCAGCCUCUUCACGAGGAGAUCGCUCUGCACAAGUACCUCAAGCACAGGAACAUUGUGCAGUAUUUGGGCUCCGUAUCAGAGAAUGGAUACAUCAAGAUCUUCAUGGAGCAAGUCCCUGGAGGGAGCUUGUCGGCAUUGCUGCGCUCCAAGUGGGGUCCCUUGAAGGAAGCCACUAUCAUUUUCUACACCCGACAGAUCCUGGAGGGCCUGCGUUACCUGCACGAGAACCAGAUCGUCCACAGGGAUAUUAAGGGUGACAACGUUCUGGUCAAUACCUAUAGUGGUGUUCUGAAGAUUUCAGACUUUGGCACCUCCAAACGGCUAGCAGGAGUCAACCCCUGCACGGAGACCUUCACAGGCACUCUGCAGUACAUGGCUCCGGAAAUCAUUGAUAAGGGUCCUAGGGGGUACGGAGCCCCGGCAGACAUCUGGUCCCUAGGAUGUACCAUUAUAGAAAUGGCGACAGGGAAACCUCCCUUCCACGAGCUGGGAGAGCCGCAGGCUGCCAUGUUUAAGGUGGGCAUGUUUAAAAUCCACCCGGAGAUCCCUGAGUCUUUGUCCCUGGAGGCCAAGUCGUUUAUCCUACGCUGCUUCGAGCCUGACCCUCACAAGCGAGCCCUGGCUUCUGACCUUCUGAAGGACACGUUUGUGCGACACCACACCAAAGGCAAGAAGAGCAAGAUCGCCUUCAAGCCAUCAGACUAUAUUCACGUUUCACUACCGGUGCAACUGCAGUGCGAGGCGACCGGGAGCAGCAGUAGCGAACACGGCUCCAUGAGUCCCGAUUGCGACUCCAAACAUGACGUUUUCUUCCACAAAAAGAAAAGCUCUGGCUCGGAGAACCUGCUUAAACCACCAAACUCCAACUACUUGAGCGUUCCAGACGAAGGUUCGGUGUCGGAGGACCGCAGCGGCGCCCCUCCCUCACCUGAAGACAGGGACGGCGGCCUGUUUCUUCUCAAGAAGGAUAGCGAGAGGCGAGCCAUUUUAUUCAAGGUCCUCAAUGAGGACCAAGAGAAGGUCAUCUCCAACUUGAAGGAGAACUACAUCCAGGGCAGCGAGGAGAUUCAGCUGUCAGUGGAGCACAUUAAGCAGAUUAUCUGCAUUUUGCGAGAUUUUAUCCAUUCCCCGGAAAGGCGGGUCAUGGCGGCCACCAUCUCCAAGCUCAAACUGGAUCUAGACUUUGACUCAACAUCUAUCAACCAAAUUCAGCUGGUUCUCUUUGGCUUCCAGGACUCGGUGAACAAGGUCCUAAGGAAUCAUCACAUCAAACCCCACUGGAUGUUCGCCAUGGACAAUAUCAUCCGUAGAGCAGUGCAGGCCGCUAUCACCAUCCUCAUCCCAGAGCUGCAGACGCAUUUCGGGCCAGCGUCAGAAUGCGAAGGAGGCGAGAAGGACGACGAGGUAGACGAGGAGGAGACAGAUUUCGGUCCCGUCUUGGCAACGACUACCGAUGAACCCGGGACGGCCGCGGACUCCGCGCUGCACUCGGCCGGCGCCGCACCGCAUCAGUCGCACGCCCACGACCACCCGCGCUCGCACCACCACCAGAUGGGGGCGCAGCUGGGACGUCUUAAGCAGGAGACUGGGAGGCUGCUGGAGGAACUUCUGCAUAAAGAGCGUGAGUACCAGCAGGUCCUGAAGGCCACACUGCAGCAGCGAACCCAAGACCUAGACCUAGUCCGGGUCCGCCACAGGCCUCCAGGUAACGUUUCUCCGCCGUCCAUUUUCCACAUUCCGGCCGACCACGAGCCUGAUAAGCAGCUCAGCGAUUGGCUGAAAGAGCAGGGGGCCGACCCGGACACUAUCGAUAAGUUUGCAGUGGAAGAGUACACGCUGACCGACGUCCUGAACGACGUCACCAAAGACGACCUGCGUUGUCUCCGCCUCAGGGGCGGGGUGCUGUGUCGGAUCUGGCGGGCCAUCCAGAGACAUCGGGAGCGGGCCAGGCUGAGAGGGGACGAGCGCUCGGAGGAUGAAGCGUGACCUAUCUACGGCCAAAAUGGCUGCCGUGCCUUUUCAUUUUUAUCCUUUGACCAAAGCGCUUUAGUGCAGGCACUAACUCACCAUUUGUUUUACAUAGGCAACGCUUCAGUCUUACGUCGAUGAUUGCAAGUAGAAUAUUGUAUCGCUUUAUGUCUUAUUUUAAAGGGAUCCUUGGACUUAAGACUUGUAGGCUCGAAUAAGCUACAAUUGUUCUCUUUUACCAAAAUAUGUUAUUACAAACACAUAUAUUAUUGCCAUUGGUUUAAAAAUCUGUAAUAUUUAGUACAUGUUUUGAUCUACGGAGUGCGCCAUGUUUUACGCGCGCAAUGCACGCUUGAGUGAUGACGUGACUGGCAUGGAUUGGGAGAAUAGCUGUGCUAGCUAGCAAGCGAAGCUAAUACGAUGACUGGCAUGAUUUUGUCACAUUCUGCUGCAGGUCAGGUUGUUCUGUUACAGAGAUGUGGGAUGAGUUCCCAACGUCGUACUUGCAUCCACUUCAGAUCAUCAGCAGUGUAUUUAAACCGAUCCUAGGCGGCUUGCCGAGAUAUUGAUUUGCUGCCAUUUGACAGUUUGUAUAUCCCUUUGUUGUUUUUUUGCAUUAUUGCCUUGUUUUUUUCGUUUGUCUGCCUCUGUGUGUUAUGUUAUUGUUGUCUGCUCGCUAUCUGAAGUGAGCCAUGUUUUUUAAUACGUUUUUUAAUCCGUGGUCAAGCCAGCCGCACUUUUUUUUCAGUUCCGUUUCCCUUUCAGGUUUUACAGCACAGACAGACAACACAUGUGGGCUUGCGUUACAAGGAAAAUCAUGACUCUAACAACACACAGAAGUAUAGCCCUGUGGUUUACGCGCACAUCUGUCACACAGGAAACGCGGGUUGGAAUCCUGCUGGAGACCUUCAUUUAAUUGCUUUUGCUGCUCGUUUUGUGAAAUAUUGACAGUGCUGUCCCGCUCAGUGACGUCACCACCCAGAGUGCAUUGCUUCGUCAACAACUAUGGCUACCUGAUAGUUAAACAAAUUUUUCAAAUUUUAUAACAACGUAAAACAUUGAGAGGUUUUAAUAUCAAAUUAUUAUAACUUAUACGAACAUUUAUUUUUCAGGAACUACAAGUCUUUCAGUCAGCGGUUCCCUUUAAAACCUGGAUUCUUUUCCCGUGCUGUUUUAUUGAUAAAAUGUGUGCAAGCAAUGACCAAACAAGCUGUGUUUGUGCCCUUAUUAAUGGAUGAUGUCAUCUAUUAGUGUGUUGAAAAAAUGUCAUAUUUGUCCUUCCUGUUUGCUUUGCAAUAAAGCUGGAAAUGAUGCAUGA